UCACCAAAACUGUCGCCAGCGGCGAGCACCGGAGCCUAAUCCUUCUCCGUCACUACCGGGGAAGAAGAUUUCGAGAAUGGGGUUUGCUGUUCCAGGUGGAGGUGGCGGCGAGCCACCUGAUGCCCUACGGCGGAACCAGGCGCUCCGCGCGCGUCGACCCCGCCUGGUCUGGAGGGUUAGCGCGAAAUUCGACUAGGCCAAGCGUAGUUGGUGGCAGUGUCUCGCCGUGGAGAGAGACCGUGGCCUGUGAGGAAGAGGGUGAGGGGAUGAGGAGGAGGAGGAAGAAGGAUAUUUGGGUCUUUGCGCGUGGCCUGAUGGUGUGGUCAAAGAAUGCAGACAUCUUUAGCAAGAUGCAACGAGUGCGUCGUGUACCAUAAUUGGCACUGCAAGGGUGACUGGAAAAAGCGUUUCGUCAAGAUUGUCACCGGUGAUUUUGUGGAUGUACCAAGAAAGUUUUUAGUAAAUAAUAUGAGAGGACAGAUACCUGACGAAGUCAAUCUUGAUUUACCUAAUGGUAAAGCAUAUACUGUUCAGGUUUCGAAGCAAGAGAAUGGCCUCAUCUUUCAAUCUGGAUGGGCAGAAUUUGCCAGAACUUAUGAACUCGUACAGGGUGAUAUCUUAUUGUUUGAAUCCAGUGGAAGCUCCUGCUUUGAAGUUCGAAUAUUCAAUCAAACUGGCUGUGAGAAAGAGUUAUCCUGUGUUGCGAUGAAAAACACUCCUUGUCUCAAUGAAAAGAGCAUGCCGCAUGAUAAUGAUAUGCAGUCGCCAAAAAAUGAAAGGUGUGGUAACAUGAGUGGCAAAAGUCACACGAUAUGCAAGGUGUGUGCUGCAUUUUAUUAUUGGCACCAUAUGGAUAAAAUGCGUUUCUUCAUGGUUAUGAUGGGUGUCAGGGCCUCAAAAAAUGAACUGACCAUACCUAAAGAGUUCGCAAACAAUGUCAGAGGGAAAAUAUCUGACGAAAUAAAGCUGGAAGUCCCAGAUGGACAAACAUAUAGAGUUCAGGUUGACAAGGAACCGAAUGAAGUAGUCCUUCGAUCUGGAUGGGAUGCAUUUGUUAGUGCCUAUGAACUUAAAGAGGGUGACACAUUGUUGUUUGCGUAUACUGGGAACUCCCACUUGAAAGUUCAAAUCUUCAAUGUAAGUGGUUGUGAUAAAUUGUUAUCGUGCGUCAUGAAGAAUAAUCCUAUGCGAUCACCUAGAGAAAGUAUGAAGAAACUAUGCACAGUGUGCCUAGAAUGUGUUGAUCGCCACUAUUGGCACAUGAAAGAUCAUGAUUGGUGUUUUGUCAAGGUUAUGAGUCUGAGUAAUUUCAAGGAUGAAAUGGCCAUACCAGAUGAGUUCACCACUAAUUUCAGAGGACACAUUUCUGAUAAAGUCAAACUAGAAGUAGCAGAUGGCAACAUUUAUAAUGUUCAGGUUGCCAAGGAACAGGAUAAGUUUAUUCUUCGAUCAGGGUGGGUGGACUUCACCGGUGUUUAUGAACUUCAACAGUAUGACUCCCUGUUCUUUAUAUAUAGUGGGGACUCCCACUUCAAAGUUCGAAUCUUGAAACCAAGUGGUUGCGAGAAAGCGUCGUCAUGUGUUACAAUGAGCCGUGGUCCUAAUGUCCAAGAAAGGGUCAUUUGUCAUGCUCUAUCACUACCUAGCAUAAAAAGAUGUAGAAAUGACAAUUGGACGGACAAUUCGAAAACUGCAAAGGUUACUCCAACGGACUCACCUUCACAGAAAUCAAGUUCAGAAAUGAACACACAAGAUGUCACAUCUUCAAAAUAUAUUCCAGAACCAAGGAGUUCAGGUGGCCUUCCGGGGUCCACUGAAUCACGAUACAUCUUAGAAAAGGGCUGUAUACUGACUAGCGCUCAGAAGGCAAGAGUCGACACAUUUGUGAAGGAAAGUUGGACUGGAAUCCAAUUUUAUGUCACAGUCAUGAACGAGAAAAGUCUGUCUGAUGGAUGUCUGGUCAUCUGCAAGGAUUUUGCAGCCAAACACCUUCCGCACAAAGACCAGACGAUCAAACUCUGUUAUCCUCAGAACAGCAAAACAUGGGAUGCCAAUUUGGCGGUUAUCACUGAUGGCGCAUGCACCCGUUCAUGCAUCCUUGCUGCUGGUUGGCUGGACUUUGUACGCGACAACAACUUGCGGGAAGGCGAUAUCUGCGCAUUCGAAGUGUCAAAGGACCAUGAUAGAGUGAUAAUAACGGUCCACCUCUUAAAGAAUGUCGUCGUAACAGGACAUACCAAAUCAACCAGCCAGCAGCAGAAGAAAUGGACUCACCCAGGCUAUGUGGUCACAAAAUACACCAAACUGACUUGCAAGCAGAAGAGAAAAAUCGAAGAGAGGAUCCAGGCUAUUAGACCUGAAACCAGAAUAUUCGUGUCCAUCAUCUAUAGCAGCCGUGCCAAGCUGUCCAUAGAAGUGCGAUAUGCUACCGCUCAUCUUCCACGCGAGGAGCAGUGGGUGAGGCUUCAACUGCCUGGGAAGAACCACACUUGGAAAGCCAAGCUCUAUAUCGGCGACAAGGACAAGGGCAAAUGUUACGCGCUACAAACAGGCUGGAAGAAGUUUGUAGAUGAUAACAAACUGCAGGAUGACGACAUGUGCCUGUUUGAGCUACUCAAGAAUGAGGAGCUCACCAUGAACGUCCACAUCAUUCGCGGAGAUUGAGAGAAGCGUAGCUGUCCAAUGUCGCCUGCCAUGGUGGUGGCGCCACUCUUGUGGUGAUGCGUAGUUGGUUCAUUUUGUAUCAGAAAUCCACAAACUUUGGGUUCCCCCAUCUCCCAAAUACUUGCAAGAAACCCUGUAGAUGUCGAUGAGAUGGGUUUCAGUUUGGUUUCAGCUCCUGCAAGCAUGUCUAUGUUUUGUUUGAAAGCUACUGGUUAGAUUUAUUUAUUUUUUGAAAAGAGGAAAAAACCCUCAAUCUCUACACCUGAUGCAUGCAUAUAACUGCAUAUAUUGUUAAUUGUUGA